UUAUAUAAAUAUAUGAGAAACCAAUUAUAUCCUCAUUCAUAACUUGGUAUCAAAAUUUCUAAGUACUACAAUGGCUUUUUAUCGCACAAACCUUCCCACUCGUGAACUAUUCUCCCUUGUUUCAGUCGUCAUUGUUUUGCUAGCCACAAAUAUAAACUCAGUUCAAGCACUGUCCUUCAAUUUCACCAAGCUCACCACUGCUAAUUCUGGCGUCACCUUCCAAGGGGAUGCACAAAUUUUACCCAGUGGUUUGAUAGCACUGACAAAAAGUUCACCAUUUCCUCCAGGUCAAUAUUUUACAACGGUAGGUCGUGCCUUAUCUUCCAAUCUCGUGCCACUUUGGGACAGUGCUACCGGCAAGGCUGCCAGCUUUGUCACUUCCUUUUCUUUCGUCAUAGAUACUACGGAAGGUCCUAUAACUGAUGGGUUGAUCUUUUUCAUUGCACCACCAGGAACUGUGAUUCCCCAAAACUCAACCACACCGUUCCUCGGAGUAGUUGAUAGCGAAACUUCAAUCAAUCGGUUUGUUGGUUUAGAGUUUGAUCUUUAUCGCAAUUCUUGGGACCCCGAAGGGAGACAUAUUGGAAUCGAUAUCAACUCUAUAAUUUCGACCAAGACCGUGACGUAUAACUUGGUAAGUGGUUCAUUGACUAAAGUAAUUAUCAUCUAUGACUCUCCUUCUAGCACGUUGAGUGCUGCUAUCAUUUAUGAGAAUGGUAAGAUUUCCACCAUUUCUCAAGUCAUUGAUUUGAAAACAGUGCUCCCGAACACCGUUCAGAUUGGUCUAUCUGCUGCCACACUAACGGGUGAAUCCUACUCUAUCCAUUCAUGGUCAUUCGUAUCAGACUUGGAAACAACUGCAAGCUAUGUCUCCAACAUAUGAAUAAUAUUAUUAUUACAAGCUAUGCUUGCUUACUAGCAGCUUGUAAUAAUUAACUACUAUUUUAAAUAAGACCCUGCUUACUAGCAGCUUGUGUGAUAUACUGAUAUGUAAUUAUUUCUUUUUCAAUAAAGACCAUGUUUGAACUA